AUGCUGAGAUCAGCGACAGAGAUCGUGUGGCCCGCCAGCUCCCGACAAGAAAAGUUUGCGGCCAAGGUGCAUCGAGUCCUGGGCAACGUCCUCAUGCACGACGCCGUGCUGCGGCAGUCCCUCGUGGAGCGCUAUGGCUUUGCCGUCGAAGAGGCGCGUAGCAUUGACAACCUCAAGGCGUUCCUCCUCUGGGACAGUUAUUCAGGGCACGAGCGGGAGGCAGCCAAAGAACUCGCACGCAGGAAGGGGAGGCUGCGGUCGGCGGUCGCCGGUGGGCUGGGCGUGCGCAACGCCCCGCUCCUCGUGUUCAGAAAGAGCGGCAUGAGCUCCGAGGAGGCGCGCCUGGAGUCUGUGCUGGAGGGUCUGGCGAUCGAGGACCUCCCCAGCCAGCGGGGGUUUUGA